AUGCCUCGCUUCGACGACGCUGACUUCGGCGUUGAGGCCGGUCCCCGGGAUCCUCGCCAGAACGAUGCCCAGGGUACUCUGUCGCCUCGGGACCAGCGCGGCAGCGCUGGCCUGGCUAUCCCAUCGGAUUCCGGCAACACUAUUGAGAUCCCCGCCACCCGCAGCUCUAUCAGCGAUGCAGCCCAGUUCAUGCACAACCUGAGUCUCUCGCCAUCCAUGAAGGACCGUCGGGGGUCCCGCAACUCCUUCGGCACCUCUCUCCCCAUCCCACGUUCGCCCCGUCUCUCGCGGCUGUCAUCUGUCCAGCGGCCGGGUGCCCCCUCUGUCUCGCGUGACAUCCUUGCCUCGCAGGUGCAGGACAUGUCCAAGGAGAAGGUCGAGACGGCCAAGAACAUGGCUUUCGCUUUCGAUAUCGAUGGUGUGCUGGCACACGGUAACGAGCCUAUCGAAGAGGCCAAAGCUGCCCUCAAGAUGCUGAACGGUGACAACGAGCUGGGCAUCAAAAUCCCCUAUAUCCUGUUGACCAACGGCGGUGGAAAGACCGAAGUUGCUCGUUGCGAGCAACUCUCCGAGAUCUUGGAAGCGCCGAUCUCUACGGAACAAUUUAUCCAGUCCCACACUCCCAUGCAGGCAUUGGCCGAGUACUACGAGACGGUGCUCGUGUGUGGUGGCGAAGGCUACAAGGUGCGCGAGGUGGCCGAGAGCUAUGGUUUCAAGAACGUCGUGCACCCCAAGGACGUGCUCGCGUGGGACCCUACCAUCUCGCCCUGGCGUUGCUUUACGCCUGAGGACCGGGCUGAGGCGAAGCCGCGUGACUUCUCGAAGAUGCAAUUCGAUGCUAUCCUCGUGUUUGCCGACUCGCGUGAUUACGCUACCGAUAUGCAACUGAUUAUGGAUCUGCUGCUGGCCGACGACGGCAAGCUCCUGACUCGUUCUAAGGACCCUGUCGCCAACCGUAUUCCUAUCUACUUCUCGCAGGGUGAUCUUGUCUUCCCUACCGACCACAAGGGACCUCCUCGCCUGACCCAGGGAGCCUUCCGAAUUGGUAUCGAAGCCCAAUACAAAGCCAUUACCGGCGUCGAUCUCGAGCGUGUUGUGUACGGCAAGCCGGAGCGCGCCACCUACACGUACGCCGAUGAAGUCCUAAAGUCCUGGAUGGAAGAACUUCACAACGAGAACCGCCUCCCGCAGAAUAUCUACAUGGUUGGUGAUAACCCCCAGUCCGAUAUCAUCGGUGGUAACAUGUACGGCUGGAAUACCUGCUUGGUUCGCACGGGUGUGUUCCAAGGCAAGGAAGGAGAGAAUGACCCCAACAACCCGGCUAACUUUGGCGUCUUCGACAACGUGUUGGAGGCUGUCAAGGCUGCGGUUCGCAAGGAGCUGGGCCAGGAAUUCAAGCUCAAGUGGAACCCCAAGGUCAACCCUGUGCUGCACGGCGAGGGUGUCUCCGCUGUCGAGUAA